GGUGAGGAGGAGGAGGAGGAUGGUGAUAGAUGAAUUCCAAGAACUUUUCCCCUUGGUGAAGCCAUAACGCUGAUGUUCCCUUCCAUGUCUUUCCUACAGGAUGGAUAUCCUGCAGGACAUGCACGCUGUUCUGAAGGGAUGAAAAGCAUGGGCUACCCGGGCUUGGACCCUGGGUCCUGCUGCUUUAUUUGUCCUUAUUUAUAGGUGUUCAGAAUUGCAUGCCAUGUUUCCAGCAAUGUGUAGCAUGAAUGGAGUCGGUUUUGUCACCACCAUUCCCGCCGUAACCAUGAUCAUCAUCAUUCACUUGGUUACUCUGCGAAGGACCCGUAAUGAAAGCCGGAAGGUGAACUCCGCGAAGUGAGGCAAUCAUCAUCGUUAUCAGCAGCUUGGUUGGUCAUCAUAAUCAUCAUAUAAUUAUCAUCUAUCACCGAUCUUCAUCAUCGUCAUCAUCAUCAUCAUCAUCAGUCCCAACAAAAUCCAGAUUUGCAAGCCAUAGAGUAUUUGAUCAAGAAAUCUGAACCUGAAUACAUCGUCAAUUCUUUGUGACCAUCGUUGCCAUAGUCAUCAUCAUCAGCAUGACAUGCUCAUUGGAACAAAACCGCGGCUCUAAAAAAGCAAUCUGACAGAUUCUGACUGCAAAUGCCACCCUGCUGUAAACAGUUUCUUCAUAUUUCCAUCCAGCAUUACCAGUCCAUCAGCGAACCAACGAGGAAUCCAUCUAAUCAACCAACCAACCAACCGCCCAACCGCCCAACCGUCCAACCAAUCAAUCAAUCAAUCAAUCAAUCAAUCAAUCAAUCAAUCAAUUACCCAAUUGAUUCCACUGAUAAGCAUCAAUGCCAAUCGUCCCAGUCCAUCCAUCCAUCCCAUGGAAGCUCUCUUUUCUUACUCCGCAAAUCAAUUGCUCUUCACUGCAGUCCAGAAGCGUGUACAAAUAGAGGUAAAUUACUAAAUUAGCAAAUAAGAAUGUGAGAUAAAGAAAUCGUUGAACAAAUACACAAACACACAAACAAGCAAGCAAACAAAUAAAUAAGGUGAGGACAGUCGACAUCUUCAUCAUCAUGGUGACAGCGGAAGAUAAUGCAGAGAGCAAGCUGCUGCUGGUGGAAGAGGACAUGCGGCCUCUAGUGGAGGGGGUUCUUCGGUUUCAUAUAAGGAGUAUGACGGAACUGAAUUAUGACUGUACGAGUGUUAAGGUGUUCCUGAGGAUUUUGAUUCAGGCGUUGGAGAAACGAACCACUCGGGUGCUUGUAGUUAACGGCUAUGCAGUUUGGAACGAAUACAUCCACUUUCCCAUCAGCAUUUUGCGCGAUCAAUCCCACCCUUUCAAUCUGUUAUCGAUCGAGAUCAUUAUUGAGGAGGUGACAUCCUUGCACGUGGUUCUAGGAACCCUCCACUUCCAUCUUCAUGAGGUUGCAAAAGCGGUGACGAGCCAUGGGUGCUUCAACGUGUGGUCGGCAAACGAGAGGGUGGGCAUCCUAGACAUGAGCAUUGCCUUCUUGUACGGUCUGUACGGCUAUGGUAAUUCCCCUCAGCUUCUGUUGCAUGCGAAAAUGGUACCUGAAGAGAACCUAACAGCCUCCUUAUUGCCAAGGUUAUUGAAUCUAAACCGGUGGGACUCCCAACGGAAACCCUCAAACGAUGGGUACAUUGCUAAACCCACACCAGGGAACAGGUUUGGCGCCCUUGCAGAGACAGUUAGAUGGCACACUUCAACUUCUAAACGUAUGAAGGAUGCGGGUGAGGGGGCGGCUAUGGAUCGGAGCCAAAGCCAAGGCCUUGGUGGUGAAAUGACUGCCAGAUCUGUAGGGAUUAACUCCUCAACAGACCUGUUCCGUCAGAUGCCCAACUUAGUGAAGAUGUAUGAAGACUACAGGUACUUCGAUCGAAACGAGAGGGGAUGGAGAUGGAAGCGUACAGCAUUGAUGAGCAAGAUGGUUGUGUCUCUCAUGGCGCAGUCGCACACACCAGAUGUAACAGAGAAGUUGGGAAAGAGAGAUACAAGCUGUCGAAGAGGUAGCAUCGGACCGGAGGUAGAGUCCAUAGCCAUUCCUUUGACGGAACAGAAUGAAGCAAGGUACCUGCAGCGGGACACCAUAGUUGAGGACAUUGAGAAAGAAGAGUCUUCUUCUACAUUGAAAUGUUUGGGAUUUGUACUCAAGUUUCCCAGGUUCUUGUUGCAAAAGCUUCAACAGCUGGCGCAGAAAACUGAUGAUGAUAUACUUCAACCGACUGCAAUCCCCAUAACUCGUCAUCAUCACAAGAAUGGGGGAGCUGCAUGCAGAAAAGAACGGGCAGAGAACCCGCCGAGGAAGAGAAUGGCCAUGUACGUGUGCAUGCCUGCAUCUGCUCAUGUGUCUCGCAUGUACGUGCCUGCAUUUUUUGGGGCGUAUGACAGGAAGAUGGGGAUAUGGCGAGGAGAGGGGGAUAUGGAGAGGAGGAGGAGGAUGUGGACGAGGAGGACGACGAGGAUAGCAAGGACAACGAGGAGGAGUCGUCGCGAUGGGGGAGGAGAAGAGAUGGACGGAGGGAAAAGAGGAAGGGCAGGAGGAGGAGGAGACAUGGACGGCGAGGAAGGGGAGGACACGAGGAAGGGAAGGAGACGAGGAGGCAUUGAAGAUGAGGAAGUAAGAGGAGGAGGAGGAGACAAGGAGGACGAGGAAGGGCAGGAGGAGGAGGAGGAGGAGGAGGAGACGAAAAGGAGAAGGGAGAAGGAGACAUGGAGGAUGAGGAAGGGGAGGAGGACCAAGUGGAGUUACAUGGAUAGGCGCUGUGAGAUCAUAUUACGAACACACACAUGCACAAAGUGGAGUUACAUGGCGUAGGCGCUGUGAGAUCAUAUUACGAACACACACACGCACACAAUCAUAUGCAUGAAUGCG